GCUGCUUAGUCAUGAGGGAGAUGAAGAAGUUCAGCCCAGAGGAGGAGGGAAGUUUGGGGCGAGUACUGACCAGUUGAAAAGAUUAAUAUGUUUUUUCCUGGAGAGUGAGCUACACAAACAUGUUGCAUACCUUGUAGACAGCUUGUGGGACUGGGCAGGCAAAUUCCUGAAGGACUGGGAGUGCAUGACCACUCUUCUGUUAAAAAACGCUGAAGAGGGUGGAGAAGCACUGAGUGAUGCCCAUGAAAGUGCUCUCAUUGAAAUUAUCCUCGCAACGGUUAGAGAAGCAGCUGAAGGUCAUCCUCCAGUGGGCAGAGGUGCAGCCAAAAAAAUUCUGUCAGUAAAAGAGAAGAAAAUACAAUUGGAAGAUUGUACCAAAAUUACUGAGCACUUUAUUAUGGUGCUUCCUCAGCUCUUGGCAAAGUAUUCAACAGAUGCACAAAAAGUGGCAAAUCUUCUGCAGAUUCCUCAGUAUUAUGAUUUAGAUGUUUACAGUACGGGACAUCUAGAGAAGCACUUGGAUGCUUUGCUGAAAGAGGUAAAAGAUAUUGUGGCCAAACACUCUGACAUGUCUGUCCUUGAGGCUUCCUCCAGGACUUAUUAUAUCCUCUGCAGUGAAGAAAUUGCCAUCUAUAGCCAGGUGGAUCAUGCCCGAACUCAACUGAUAGAUGGGUUGAUGGGAGAGCUUAACCAGCUACUAGAUGGCUUCUGGCAAAAGGAAGAAGGAUUUUUUAUGGAUGCUGGAAAAAUUUCCCGGAUGCACUCUGCUUUGAGAAGAGUAGCAGCUUUUCAUAAUGCCCAUGAUCUCACCAAGUGGAAUCUGUAUGACAAGACUUUAAGGUUACUGGUGUUUGAAAUGGAACAGGGGAGUUUGCCGGUUCUGAUUAUCCUGCCAGCCCUCCAGUGCACAUAUUUUUCUCUCCUGUGGCAACUAGUUGCAGUUUCAGAAAAUUCUCCCAAGUCUCUUUUUGCACUAAGAAGAGAGCUGACACGUUUCAGUCAGAUUUGCAUGUACUUCCUCCACCAUAAGGAAAAAGAUGUAAGAGAAAAGGCCUUCAUGAUACUCUGUGACUGGUUGCUGAUUUUGAGUCACCAGGAUUCAAAUAAUAAUGAAGAAGCAGUUGGACUUCUAGAUUAUCUUCCUAGCACAUCACUUCAGGAAAAACUGCUUUUGUUUAUCCAGGAACAUGUUUUCGUGGAGGAAGAAGAGGAAAGCAAAGACCUGACAGAAGAGGAGGAGAGAAAGGAUGAAAGUUGCAAACUUGACGACUUGCACAAAAAGCGGAGUCUUCUUGCAGCAUAUUGCAAGUUAAUAGUGUAUAAUGUGGUAGAGAUGACUGCGGCUGCUGAGAUCUUUAAGUAUUAUGUGAAGACCUACAAUGAUUUUGGAGACAUAAUUAAAGAAACGUUAAGCAAGACAAGGCACAAUGACAAAAUUCAGAGUGCCAAGACACUGAUUCUCUGUCUGCAGCAGCUGUUUCAGACACAUGCAAAAAGCCAAGACAGCGGUAAAAGUGUGGACUUCUCUGCUUCCUUCACAAAUAUAAAAGAACUUGCUCGUCGCUUUUCACUAACGUUUGGCUGGGACCAAGUGAAAUCUAGAGAAUCUGUAGCCAUGAUACACAAGGAAGGGAUCGAAUUUGCUUUUCAAGGAGCUACUGGAGUAGAUGGAAAAUGCUUACCUCCUAACUUGAGCUUUCUGUUAAUCAUCAGUGAAUUUUCCAACAAACUGCUAAAGCCAGACAAAAGACUAGUGUACGCUUACUUACAGAGGUAUAUAGCGGAACCACUGCCUGGCAGAGGAGACGAAUGGCAGCCGUUGAUUUGGUACAGAAACUCUUUAUUGGCAAAUGAAGACGAGGAGAGCUCUGUCCUUGGCAGUUCAGGAGUGUGGUCCCCCGUGGGCACAUCUAAGAUAUCUUCUUGUAAAAGGAAAUUGUCUAACGGGUCUUUGACUGAAAGCAGCCAAACUGAAGCAGCAAGCAAAGCUGCAGAACUGCAGUGUGCGUCCCAGCUUGCCUCUGCAGCAGGGAAAAGCAGAAAGAGGCUGAAAUCUCGAGAGAUGCACUUGCAGGAACAUUUACCAUUCCUUCGUCCAGGACGACUACGGAGAAGAUACUGCAAAGAUGAGAUGAAGACAGAAGAUGUGUCAGAGGAGGGUCAAACAGAAGACACAGCUGAAGAUGUCGAUAUUGAUGUGGUUGGUGCCGACCAG